AUGUUGCGACGUUUUGCCUGUUCUGCUAUUCAAAGCCGUGGCUUAAAACACCAGGUCAACAUUAAAUGGGUUCGUCCUGAAUAUGUGCCUGCGUACAAACCUGAAAAAUCUGGUGAUUUAGAAGGCUUACCACCCAUUCCUGAGAAUUCUAUCGCUGAUAUCUAUGCUUUAAGCGAAGAAAUCAAGGAUGCUCCAGAAUCGGUAAAAAAAAUAUUUUCUGUGGCACAUCUUGGACAAAAAGAAUUUCACACAUUGGUCAAGAAAGAACUAGUAAACAGAGUGAAGAGGCAUCAGUAUGAUGAAAACUCAGCUGAAAAUAAGAUUGCAAGAUUAACUGCAUACAUUCGUUGUAUACAAAACAUCAUGGAAAAAAACCCUAGGAACUCAAAAAUGAAGCAAACUGUACAAGAAAUGAUUGAUAGAAGGAAGAAACUAUUGAAAUAUUUGCGGCAGUACGAUUAUAAAAAAUUUGAAUGGUUAUUGGAGAAACUCAAUAUUGAGUACAAAGGGAAUCCUGAGUCAUUUCACAAAUUAUCACGAAGAGAAUCACUACGCAAACUGACAGAGCUUCAUUGUGAUGACAUAAGAAACAGUAAAUUAGCAGGCUACAAAAAUUUACUAGAAAGCCAGCAAGGGCCAUUUUUAAAACAAAAGCUUGAAGCUCUCAAGUUUAUCCGAAGUGAACAAACAGAAUUGCAACUCCCUGUGACAGUUACAGAACAGGCAAUAAAAGCAGUUGAGAAACAAUUAGAAGAAUGGACAAUCAAAGACAAAAUAAAACAAGAAGCCAAGAAAAAGAAGAGAAAUCUAUUGGAAGAUUAAUUCAAAUAAAUUUUAUUUAGAUAGUUCUUUGGUAGUCUGUUUUGAUAAAGAAAAUACUGCACUCAUUAUCAAAACAU